GAUGAAGCAAAAUUAAAUUGAAUCAUUAACAAACAAAAAUUUAUUUAAAAAUAGGUACUUUUUUGGCACAUUGUGCUCAAACUACAAGUUCCUUUAAGAAAUACCUAUCAUGAAAUCUAUAGUAAAUCAGCUUAUAUAGAAAAUACAAACACAUUAAAAAAAAUAUUAAUUUUAUCAUCAUAAUUACAAAAUAUGUGGUAUGUUUAAAUGUUUUUUAACCUAAUUGUUUUAUACUUGGACAAGAAACACUAAAAUAAAAAUUAGAGAACAAAAAUGUUUUAACUUAGUAUCUUCCACUCCGUCCUGAACGAUGUCUUGGUGACCUGGAACGUCGCUCCCGCGAACGUGAUCUCCUUCUUGGAGACCUAGAUCGUGAUCUCCUUCUGCUCGCCUUCCUCCGUGAGUACAAAUAACGCCUUAAUUCCCAUGAUAUUGGCUUUAAAUGCAUAAAAUUACAAAAACCCGAUCUUGUACACUCUCCCAUUUCAUAUUGGCGACAACAAGCCAAUAUGAGUAAAAAAAUAAAGUAGGUGGCGACUUCCGGUAUGUAUUUUCAUCACAAUUUAAAUUUACAUCCACCAAUCUAACUCCAGAGAGAAUUUAUUUCGAAUCUUGUUUAACGAGAGUAACAUUUUUAAUUUUGUGCGUAUGAGUUAUUAAGGUUGUGUUUACUAAACUAAAAGGACUAAAAGUUGCCUCCCAUUUCCCCAUCACUAUUUAAAACAAGUGCGAGGGUGUGACCGGUGUGACGAGGGCAGUAAGUAUUGGUAUCAAGUGCUAGGUAAAGUAGUUUCUAACGGACCGGCUUUCUUGAUCGCAUUGUAUGUAAACUUUUACAAUUUUCACCUACAAAAUUGGUUAGAAUAAAAGGAAUUGUUUUGUAUGUGUUAUUAGAAAGAAUUUUAAUUAUUUCUAGUACAGUUAAGUACUGUUUGUUAUCAUUUUUCAUGUAAAAAAACGCAAUAAAAAAAAAUGAAAAGAUGAGUCAUCGUAAUUGUUUAAAUACUAGACCGUAAACUAAAAAGUAUAAAGUAAUAAUAAGUGUGUUUUGUGAUUAAAAUGUAUCGUCUAUUUCUAUUUUUUUCUUUUAAUUUCGUUGAUUCAAUCCCACAAGAACGCAUAAUAGGUGGAGAAAAAGCCGAAACGAUAACAAAAUUUCCUUACCAAGUGAUGGUUCAAUGUGAGAUCGAAGAAAAAUAUUUAACAAUUUGCGGUGGUGCUUUAAUUGGCAAAAAUAAAAUUUUAACUGCAGCUCAUUGUGUUUUAAAAUGUUCCGACCCGAAACGAUUAAGAGUGAUCGCCGGAGUUUAUAAUCCCGAUAUUAAACAUGCUCACCAAGUAAAAUGUUCAAUACCACAUCCAGAUUAUGAUGAAAAUAAAGCUAGUAAUGAUAUAGCCGUUUUAUGUUUGAUGAACACUCUACAAGAAAGCGAUAGAAUAAAAACGAUUAAAAUCGCGCAAAAACUGGUUAAACCGAAUACGAAAGCAAUCGUUUCAGGUUGGGGCCAAACCAAAACAAGCAUUGUAUCCAAAGAGUUAAAAUACGCGAUUGUUAAUGUUAUCGAUUCGGAAGAAUGUGAAGAUGAGAACCCGUUUUAUGAUGAAACGCAAAUUUGUGCUGAAAGUACGGAUGGCAGUGGACCUUGUAAGGGCGAUUCCGGUGGACCUUUGGUUGCCAAUAAAGAAUUAAUCGGAAUUGUUUCUUAUGGAAUCGCUGAUUGCAUAACGAACGCGCCCAGGAUGUACACAAACGUUUAUUAUUAUCGAUCGUUCAUCGAAAAACAUAAAUGUUAAAUAAAAUUAUAAAUUAAUUAAAAUAUAUCGAAGCUAAA